GCAAGUUAUGUUAUGGUACACCUUUCACGCCAGCUCACUUGAGGAUGAUUUUUUGAAUACUUGCAUUAUGUAUAAUGGUGAGACAUUGUUCAGUGGAACUAAUACUUUUUUUCAUUCAUGAAUCUCACAGAAGUACAUCAAGAGGAGUCUUGUGUCCAUUCAAACUUUUCCUGUUUGGGAACUUCACUAACAGCAGCUGAUGUGCUGCUGUAUGCGUCAGUAGCAGUAGUUGUGACACUGACAGUGUGUGGAAACCUGCUUGUGAUCAUCUCCAUCUGUCACUUUAAGCAGCUUCAGACACCAACUAAUUUACUACUGCUCUCUCUGGCCAUGGCGGACUUUCUUGUUGGGGUAACUGUGAUGCCCCUCUACUUUACUAUGGUAAUAUAUCCACAGAGGUGCUUUGAUACAUUGUAUUGCACAAUAUUCUAUCUAACAGCAUUGUGCCUUACUUUUGUCUCAAUUUAUAAUGUAGCUUUAAUUGCAGUGGACCGAUUUUUUACUAUCUGCAAUCCUUUUCAGUACUCCAUGAAAAUGACUUUGAAGGUAACUUUGAGGAUUAUAUGCAUUGUGUGGUUGUCUUCAUUAAUCUACAGUAUGAUGGUUCUUUAUUUCAGUGGAACAAUUCUUGACUUGAAGGAAAAUAUUACAUGUGUUGAGUGUGCUCUUCAGUUAAAUGAAAUAUUGGCCAUUAUUGACUGUCUAAUUAUAUUUAUUCUGCCAUGUUUAACCAUUAUAAUCAUGUACCUGAAAAUUUUUUCUAUUGUUAAAACCCAGGCAAAUAAAAUUCGGUGUGUCCAAAAGUGCACAAAUAAUGCUACUGUGACAUCAGAAAGAAAAGCAGGGAAAGCACUAGGAGUUCUAGUAGCAGUGUUCCUUCUGUGCUUAGUACCCACCUAUAUAUGUGCUUUCCUUGCAGCAUAUAUUGGUAACACGUCUGUGCGUAUUGCAGCUUCAAAUCUGUCAACUCUAGUUUUUCUGAAUUCUGCAAUAAAUCCUAUCAUUUAUGCUCUGUUCUAUCCAUGGUUUCAGAGGUGUGUUAAGCUCAUUUUAACAUAUAGGAUAUUCCGUGAAGGAUCUUCAGAUCUAAAUGUGCUUGCAACUAAAUAAUUUCCUGUACAAUAGAAUGUGAUGUAAUAAAAUUGUUCCAGUCGUUUUUUUUUUUUGGAUAUCCACAUUUUUCUAUUGUGGUUUACACACCACAUUAGUGGACAUCAUGUGGAAUAUGAAAUGUGUUAUUGAACAAAUGUUUUGUUUUUUCUACCACUAAAGUACUAAACCAGUGAUCUUCAUUCCUGCCCCUGGCUGGUCGCAGGGUCUGAUUUUUGUUUUUUGCCUUAAUUCAACCAGUUCAGACCCAAGAAACCAUGUAAGGUGAGUUAAU